AUGGCGCUGGAGAGCUUGCAGUGUGUACUGGCUAUUGUGCUGGCAUUGAUUCUACCGCUCUUCGCGCUCUUGGCCAUUCGAGGUCCUGUUGAUGGUGCUGGUGACACAACGGCGGGCUUCUGGGGUGCCAAGACAGCAUCGGUAAACUGGUGUGAGAGGGACUAUGCAGCAAGCUACUACAUUGCUGAGCUUGCUAACUCUUUGACCUCCUUGUGCUUGGUUGCUACCGGAGUCUAUGGCAUUUGCGCGCAUGUCAGCUUAGUUGAGCUGCGCUAUCUCCUGGCUUUCUUUUCCUUUGUUGUGAUUGGACUAGGCAGCUUCGCAUUUCAUGCGACGCUGCUCCGAAGCAUGCAGCUUCUGGAUGAGCUCCCCAUGGUGUGGGCAAACACAGUGUUUAUCUAUAUAUGUCGUUCCAUGAACGAUAGGAGAAACAGCUGCAGGACCGCCGAAGUGAUUGUGCUCGCAUUGUUGACGGUGCUUGCAACUCUAGCAGUUGCCAUUUUUGACACAGAGAACCAAAACGUGUUCCUGCUUUGCUAUGGAAGCGGCGUUCAGUAUCUAGUUUGGAGUUCGUACGUGUUUUGCCAGAAAUCUGCGAACAGCACAGCGUGGCUGCUUUUCACAACUGCAAUGCUGUGUUAUGCUGGUGGUUUCCUGCUCUGGCUCAUCGAUCGGAACUUUUGCCAUUCCGUGCGCCCCCUGUAUCUGCACGUUUUCUGGCACUUCGGCGCUGAUCUGGGUACCUAUGCGGCAGUCCUGCUAUGGAUAUGGAUACGUUCCGAGGUGCUGGCAAGGAAGGUGGUGCUUCGGGGGCGCAGCCUCUUGAGUUGGCACAUUGCCGCUGCUCCGCAGGAAUGA